AUGGCGGAAGGAUCGGAGAGGGGGAGCAGGGGGUUUGCGUCGAUGGAUUCGAUAGAGUCGCGCUGGGUGUACCAGGACGACGAGGGGUCUGAGAUCGACAACGACGGCGACGAAGGCGGCGUCGACUCGCCGCUGCGGGAUUCCGACGACGAGGAUAAUGUCGAGCAGAGGCUGAUUCGGACUGGGCGUCGGAUAGAUUUGUUCGAUGUUGAGGCUCUCGAAGUUCCCGGCGCUCCGAGGAAUGAUUUUGAGGAUAUCACUUUGAGCAGGAGAAUAGUAUUGGCCUUUCAGACACCUGGGGUUGUUUUUGGUGAUGUGGGGACUAGUCCACUAUACACCUUCAGUGUGAUGUUCAGCAAGGCACCAGUUAAUGGUGAUGAAGAUGUUCUUGGUGCAUUGUCUUUAGUUUUGUACACCUUAAUUCUGGUCUCAUUGAUCAAAUACGUCUUUAUUGUUCUUUGGGCGAAUGAUGAUGGUGAAGGUGGCACAUUUGCUCUAUACUCUUUGAUAUGUAGGCAUGCCAAAGUUAGUCUUCUCCCGAGCCAACUACCAUCAGAUGCUCGCAUAUCAAACUUUAGACUUAAGGUGCCAUCAGCCGAACUAGAGAGAUCCUUGAAAAUAAAGGAAAGACUCGAAGCUUCGUUGACAUUGAAAAAGCUUCUUCUUAUGUUGGUUCUGGCUGGCACUUCUAUGGUGAUAGCUGAUGGUGUUGUCACACCUGCAAUGUCAGUUAUAUCAGCUGUUGGUGGCUUGAAAAUUGGGGUUUCUGGGUUUACACAAGAUCACGUGGUGAUGAUCUCGGUCGCAUUUCUUGUUAUUUUGUUCAGUGUACAGAGGUAUGGAACAAGUAAAGUUGGGCUUAUCGUUGGUCCUGCCUUGUUUGUAUGGUUUUGUUCUCUUGGGGGCAUUGGCAUGUACAACCUUCUCAAAUAUGACCGUAGUGUUUUGCGGGCAUUCAAUCCGAUUCAUAUAUUUUAUUUCUUCAAGCGCAAUUCAACCAAGGCUUGGUAUUCCUUAGGGGGAUGUAUCCUUUGUGCAACAGGUUCUGAGGCAAUGUUUGCGGAUCUUUGCUAUUUUUCUCUUACAUUUGGGUUGCUGGUAUUACCUUGCCUUCUUUUGGGUUACCUUGGUCAAGCUGCUUACCUUAUGGCGAACCAUGCAGACACAACACAGACUUUCUUCUCUUCUGUUCCAAGUGGAGCUUUCUGGCCUGUCUUCCUCAUAGCAAAUGUAGCUGCACUCAUUGCUAGUAGGGCUAUGACGACUGCCACUUUCUCUUGUAUUAAACAAUCCAUAGCUCUUGGUUGCUUUCCUCGUCUGAAAAUUAUCCAUACCUCGAGAAAAUUCAUGGGCCAAAUAUAUAUUCCAGUCAUGAAUUGGUUUCUACUGAUUCUGACCCUUGUGUUAGUCUGCAAUAUCUCAAGUAUUUAUGAGAUUGGCAAUGCAUAUGGGAUUGCUGAACUGGGAGUUAUGAUGAUGACUACAAGCUUAGUGACCCUAGUGAUGAUUCUUAUAUGGCAGAUGAACAUUUUUGUCGUGCUGAGUUUUGCUAUCAUCUUCUUGGGGUUGGAGUUGACAUUUUUUUCUUCCGUAUUGUGGAGCGUGGGGGACGGGAGUUGGAUCAUACUGGUUUUUGCCAUUGUCAUCUUCUUAAUUAUGUACAUAUGGAAUUAUGGGAGCAAGCUAAAGUAUGAAACGGAAGUUAAGCAAAAGAUGUCAAUUGAUGUUCUGCGUAAACUGGGUCCCGAUCUGGGAACAGUUAGAGCUCCUGGCAUUGGCUUGCUUUACAACGAGCUGGCAAAGGGGAUACCUGCUAUAUUCGGGCACUUCAUAACCACUCUACCCGCUAUUCAUUCGAUGAUCAUAUUUGUUUGUAUAAAGUAUGUCCCCUUGCCAGUGGUGCCUCCAACCGAGAGAUUCCUUUUCAGGCGAGUUUGCGCUAAAAGCUACCACAUAUUUCGUUGUGUUGCCAGAUACGGGUACAAGGAUGUGCGCAAGGAAAACCACCAGGCAUUUGAGCAGCUGUUGAUCGAGAGCCUCGAGAAAUUCAUUCGCCGGGAAGCCCAGGAAAGAUCCCUCGAGAGCGAUAUCGAUGCAGACGAUGACAAUGACUCAGAAGAAGACAACUUGUCGAGAAUCCUAAUAGCUCCCAACGGCAGUGUCUACUCCCUCGCCGUGCCUCUCCUGGCCGAAUUCAAGGACACGAGCAAUUUCAUCGAGGAUCGGGUUGGGCCCCACAACGAGCAGGCCCGAGCUGAUGACGAGCAGAGCCUCGACAAAGAGCUCUCGUUCCUGCGCAAGGCCAAGGAAUCGGGUGUUGUGUACCUUCUCGGGCACGGUGAUAUUCGGGCCCACAAGGAGUCAUGGUUCAUCAAGAAGCUCGUUAUUAACUACUUUUAUGCCUUCCUAAGGAAGAACUGCAGACAGGGGACGGCUAACCUGACUGUGCCCCAUUCUCACCUGAUACAGGUCGGCAUGACGUACAUGGUCUGA